AUGCGUGCGGCUCUGCUCAUUCAGCGCUGGUAUCGUCAGUACGCCGCGCGAUUAGAGAUGCGUCGUCGCUGCACGUGGAACAUCUUUCAGUCUAUCGAGUAUUCAGGAGAACAGGAUCAUAUAAAGCUUUAUAAUUUCUUUGGUUAUCUGAUGGAUCAUUUCACUCCUGCCAGCGAUGAAAAGAAUCUGAUCUGUCAUCUGUUUCGUGAGACUGAAGUGAGUCAUGAUGUGGAUUUGGAGAGAUGUUUCUGUUAUAAGAACAUUGAUGUUCCUGACGGUUAUAACGGUCCUCAUCUCUCGUUCCCGCUGACCGUUUCUAACGUCACUGAUCUGGUGCAGGCCUUCAAAAACAAACAAAAGCUUCACGCGCGAUACGUCCUUCAGCUGCUCGGGAACACGUGGACGCUGCUGCGACUGAUGCCGAACAUCAGUCACGUGUCCACCUGCAAACACAAAGAAAUCACGAUCUGUGGUGAUUUACACGGUCAUCUUGAAGAUCUGCUGCUGGUCUUUUAUAAAAACGGGUUUCCAUCAGCGGAGACGCCGUAUGUGUUUAACGGUGACUUUGUGGACAGAGGAAAAGAAUCCAUCGAGAUCCUCAUGGUUCUGUUUGCGUUCAUGCUGCUGUAUCCACACGACCUUCAUCUGAACAGAGGAAACCACGAAGAUCACAUCGUAAACCUGCGGUAUGGCUUUACCAAGGAAGUUCUUGGCAAAUAUCGGGUUCACGGGAAGAAGAUUCUUAAACUUCUGCAGAAGAUCUUCAGCUGGUUGCCAUUGGCAACAGUGAUCGAUCAGAAAGUUCUGAUUCUACACGGAGGAAUUUCCGACAAGACGGAUCUGAACUUAAUCAGCAAGCUGGACCGACAUCGAUUCGUUUCAUCUUUCCAGCCGCUAAAGAGAAGUGGAGCGUCCCUGCGGCUGAAGGAAGUGGCUCUCGAUCCGGACGAGGACAAUGUCAGUAUCGGUCGCAGGCGCGUUCAGUCUCUGACUCACAGAACGGCGCUGCGGCACAGACAGGAUCUGCCACGGCACUCUGUGCACUCCGAGUCCAGACGGACAGGUCGAUCUGUGGAGGACGAGCUGAGAGAGAAACGCCGUCUGGCUGGACUCAGUCUCUCGUCCAGUUCAGAGCCCGAUUCUACUGAACUUCUGGAGACAGACGAGUGGAAGCAGAUAGUGGACGUCCUGUGGAGUGACCCGAUGUCUCAGAACGGUUGCGUCCCAAACAAAGUUCGUGGUGGGGGGUGUUACUGGGGGCCGGACGUCACACAGAACGUGCUGGACAGACACAAACUACAGCUGCUGAUCAGAUCACACGAGUGCAAACAGGAAGGAUACGAGUUCUGCCACAACGGCAGGGUUUUGACAAUAUUUUCAGCCUCAAACUAUUAUGACAUUGGCAGUAACAGAGGCGCUUACAUUCGUUUGGGUCCCGACCUCAUUCCUCACUUCAAACAAUUCCAGGCCAGCCGAACGACACGAGAGCUAACACUCAGACAGAGUGUGGGGCGAACGGAACGUUCCGCGUUACAGGCACUGAGGAUGCAGCUGUUUGCACACAAAUCUGCCCUGAUUCGACAAUUUCAGGAAUACGACCCCAAGUGUACAGGUCUGGUCUCUCUGAAGAAUUGGGCGGUUGUGGUGGAGAUGGUUCUGCAUCUGAGUCUGCCGUGGAGGGUUUUGCGAUCUCAGCUGGUGACAAGUUGCACUCAGGACGGGCUGCUCAACUAUCAUGAUUGGGUUAACGAGCUGUCAAUCAUUCAGUCAAAUACUGAGAUUGCCAACACGAGUCUUCUGGAGACCCUUUACAAACAUCAUUCAAACCUGGAGACCAUCUUCAGAAUGAUUGACACGGAUCAUUCAGGUCUGAUCUCAUUUGAGGAGUUUCAUCAGACGUGGAAACUCUUGAGUUCUCACCUGCAGACGGACAUCAGUGAUAAAGCCAUCGCAGAUCUCGCCGAGAGCAUCGACUUUAAUAAGGACGGCAGUAUCGACAUCAAUGAGUUCAUGGAGGCCUUUCGACUGGUGGAACAUUGUAGAGCUGAGAGACAACCGCUGCCAUCACCAAACUCACCGGAGUGAUAUCUGCUGCCAUGACAAACACAAACAUCUUGCCAAAACAAAAUCAAGAAAACUGUGAGGCUUCACCUGUCGCAGACUUUUAAUAUCACAUGAUAUGAUGAUAAACCUGACAAGCAGCUAGAGUAUUAUGGGAUGGUUACAACUGUAACCCUGGUUUGCUGAAAGGAAGGAAGGAGAUGCUGCGUCAGUUGCUGAUACUACGGGAAGCUCCGCCGAGGAGUGACGAUCUCUGUAACCCUUUAAAAUCAUGCGUCACAGCGAGCAUAUACUGUAGGCUGGAGCAUGGCACAAUUUCAUCAGGAUUUAAGACUAAAGGGGACAGAGCGCAUCUCUUGGACCCUUUACAGUGAGAAAUCAGUACUGCGGCUGGCAUACGCAGCAUCUCCUUCCGUCUUUACAGGGAACCAGGGUUAGUUGUAACCAUACCGUUCCCUUUCAGAUCAGUCACUUUGAUGCUGCGUCAGUUGCUGAUGCUAUGGAAUUGUAUAUCAUCACACCAUAAUACCAAUACCCGUAGCCAAUCUGGGCACUGAAGCACCGCAAAAUAGCCAUCCACACCAUCCAACACCAAGGUUGGAAUGGUCCAUGACCAAUAGCCUGACAUAAUGGCACUAGCCAAAGGGUAGUACAACAUUAAGCAUUACUCUAAGAACAACACGGUUCAGAGACAGAAUAGUCCAAAUACAAUGCACUACUAAACAAGGUUGUGAACAACCCUAAAAAGGCUGUUGUAUUCUGGGGAUACAAACAUGGGGCUAUUGAAAAAUAUUAAAAAGGGGGUCCCUGCAAAUACUGAGGACAUGCGACUUUGUAUAUUAAGUCUGGCAUCAUUUCACAAACUUUAUCUAAAAGUAAAAAGGCAGCAAGCAUUUUUUGAGAAGGCAGCUGACCACAAGACAAAAGUUCCUAUCUUUUCAAUGUUAUUUUCAUGAUUUCUACAACCUAUAAAAUUGAAAAAUAAAAGCAAUAUUUUUGAAUAAAACAUG